AUGUGUAAAUAUUUAGAAUUCGAGUUAUUACACAUGUCUGUAUAUUUUGAUUUAAGUAUCUUACCUUCAGAGAGAAUAUAUAGGAACAUAAAUAAGGGGUAUUCCGUAAUUGAUGAUGAUAAUUUUUGGGAUGAAAUAGAAUAUAGGAUCAGUACUCAUUCUGACAUUCAAAUUUCUAAAAAAUUAAUAUCUGGCUUCGCUUAUGGUGCAUUUGAUAUAAAUAAUUUUGAAGAAAAAGAUGAAAUUUGGAAUUUUUUGUAUUUCUGGGCACGAGAAAAAAUAGAGGAAGGGAAAUACAAUUUUAGAAAUGUCAUGGAAAUACUAACUCAAGUAAUAGAUAAAUAUGAUGAUCGGAAGGCGUUUAUGCGUGAUUUAUUAAGUAUUACAAGUGAAGAUGAUUUUUCAAAAUUGAAGAUGAUUUAUGAUUAUAUUCAUGACUAUGAAACUGUUAAACAAACUAUUAAUCAAAGACAUGUAGUGUGCACUACUCAAAUGGAAAAGCAUCUAAAUAACUAUUUUAUGAAAUAUGAUGAAGUAAGAACUAAAUGUGACUCAGCUAAUGAUACAUUGUGUCAAAUAUUUAAAAAAUUCAUGGGAAUAAAAAAGAAUAAAGGAAACUUAGAAAAAUUAACAUGCCUUGCUGUACAUGAUAAAAAAAUUGAAGUUAAAGAAGAUAAAGGUGUCUCUAAAACUCCGCCGAAAGAUCUAACUUUCACACAAGUGAUCUUAUUAAAAAAUACAGAUGAACAUUCUAAAAUACAGCCAUCCGUUGAAAUAGGAUAUAAUAUUGUAUCAAAAGAUCCUAUUGAACCAGAAACACGUGCUGAAUUAGAGUUAGGUGCUGGAUUAAUGCCACAUGCUGAAUCAAAAACAGUUUCCGGAUUAAAUCCAUCUGCUGAAUCAGAUGAAGGUGGUGUAUUAGAACAAGAUUCUGGGUUAGAAUCAGCUACUGAAUUAAAACCAAAUGGUGAAUUUGAACAAGGUGUUAGAUUUCAAUCAACUGAUAAGUUAGAAACAUCUUCUGUAUCAAAAGAAGAUACUAUAUUACAAAAAUCAGGUGAACAGCCGCAGUCUCCUGUAAAACCAGAACUUACUGAAUCACAAGACUCUAAUGGGUUAUCAGGAUCUGACCCAUUGCCAAAACUUACUGUAUCAUAUCCACCUAUUGUAAUACCUGAAAAUCAUUCCGUAUUGCAGGUUCCUGCAACACUAGAGCCUGUGGGAUCAGUACUAAAUACUGUAGUACACCAAAAUGGACUAAAUAACGCUAUUAAAACAAACGACUCUCCGAAGGAAAAACCUCCCCCUGAAAUGUAUCCAUUUUUUUCAUCAACGUAUACUAAAGCUGCAGGCGUUCUACUGUUCUUAGGAAUUUUGAUACCUAUGCUUAUUCUUUCAGUACUUUUCUCAAAAGUACAGAAUCGCUAUUUCAGGAAAAAGAAAAAACCGUACCAUUUGUAUUUUGAUAGAACACAUGUAUAUCCAUUCUAUUAUGAUAGAAUGUCAGAGGGAAAACCGUACUACAAACAGAAUGUGGGUUAUUAUCCUCUUAUGAUUGAGUAA